AUGUCAAAUCCGAACGCUGAGGGGGGGGGGGGUCCUCCUAUCGAUCCUCUCCUUGGAGACGACAAAGCCGACGAUGACGGCCCACGGGUCAAGACUUGCACACACUGCCACGUCGAGAAACCUACCAAGCAAUUUGUGAUAAGAGGAAUCCUUACAAGUUUACUAGGAAUUGCCUGGAAUGCCGUGACCGCCAGGAGCAGAUGCGUCGCAGGGACCGCGUUUGCUAUUGACACUGACGAUGCAGCUGUCGAGCCUGUUUCAGACGAUGCGACCGUCUGCUUCAGGUCAGAAGCGUGGUAUCGGCUCAGUUCGGGCGCCCGAGUCACAAGAGCGGCGAGCAUUCACGCCUGCUACCUUAACGCCUACCACCUUGAUACCGAGACCGGAACGAAGCGUCUCGAGCGUGGCAUGCACUCUGCCGAGACUAGUUCAGACACCCAGCACGUUUGCACGAGUUGCGGAGUCAUCGAGGCAGUAUUUCCGACGAAGAGAUGA